CUCAAGCGAAAGAAAGUCAAGCAACCGGAAAAGAAAAACCGAGCGAAAAGAAAAAGAAUUCUGAGAUUCUGAGAGCAAAAUGCGACGUAUUAUAUUUGCUAUUCUAUGCUUCAACAUCAGCAUAAUCUAUUCCCAAAAUUCAACUCAAAAUAAAAAUUCUGAUGAAGAUUCUAUGAAGAUUUUAUCAAGACGUAAAAGAUAUUUAAUUUUCCCGGAAGGAAGUUCCCUACAAUUAGUUUAUUGUUUAACUAUGCCUGUAAUUGGUAAAAGUACAAUUUUCACAAUCGGAGGAACAGCAGCCUUGGCCUGGGAGUUACCCCACGACCCAUUUCAACCCUAUCGAAAAAAAGCCGAGCUCCUACAUCGCAAAGACCCGCCCGGGAAGUACACAAUUCUCGAUCCGAUUGCAAACAAGAAACAAUCACCUCCAGCGACUACCAAAGUGUCACAAUCGGCUAUAAACCUUCUGGGGGCGUUCAACGAUCAGUUCGGAUACAGCGGAUAUCAAAAUCCGAUCUCCAUCAACUACUCGCCUGCUUACAACAGGUAUCGAUAUCAGAACUAUCAAAACCGCCGUCGUCAGCAGUUUCCCCAGCAGCAACCGGUGCAUUAUCGCUUCUCACAGCCGAUACAACUCACGAAAGGUGAUCGGGUUACGUCUGCGGGAAGCAGGGGUGAGGUGUAUUAUAAGUCAACACCAAGUUCACCCGCAUCGAUUUAUCAUCAAGUACAUCGUCGGACUCGGAGGGAUCUUUACGGAAAAAUUGAAAAGUUUUUAUCUACACAAAGUAAAGAUGGGAAGGCUUGUUUAUUGAGGGCUAUUUGUGAGGUUCAUCAGAAGGGAUCAGAAAAGGGUAGUUUUAUGGAGGAAAUACUGAAAGCAAUUUUUAAAGUAAAACCAAUUGAUGAUUAUGAAAACGAAGACAUCUACGACCAUUCAGCAAAUAAAACUCAUAACUGCAAAGAAAUGUAUCCCUCUUGUGAUGCCUCCAUCUUGAAAUUCAUCUAA